GCCGAUUCGUUGUUGUCUCCUGUCACUCACAUCACUGGCUGUUACGAAAGCGUGUAGAAGGAGUGUGUGAGGUCACAGGCUGAGUGUCCCGCUGCUGCUUUAAUGAUGUCAGCACAAGUUUGAGCUCAAACCACAGAGACGUGACUGCAAGACCGCGAAGAAGAAGAAGAAGAAGAAGGAGCAGAAGAAGAAGAAGAGGAAGCAGCAGCUCCUCGUAGGUCUCCGUGCUUCUUCGUGAGUUCAUGCUGUUGACGUUAGCCGAGGCCUCCCGGUUAGCUAACGUGACAUCUGACCGAGGUGACACCGCCUGUCUGCUGUGUCCACAGGAGGAGUAAACGCCAGCAUCACUAUGACAGCUCAGGAAGGAGAGGGAUGGGGAGGCAUUAAUCUGUCGCCUCACCUGCACACGGACGAGUGCAAUGAACUAAUAACUCGUCUGAGGCAGUGCCACACAGAGCACAACUUCAUGAAGUUUUUUGGCUCAUGCAACGAUGUGGACCGUGCUAUGCGUCAGUGCCUGAAGAAAGAGAGACUGGAUAAGCGGGAGCGCAGCAAGCAGCACGCACAGGAGAUGAAAAAGAGGCUGAAAGAAGGGCCGAAGGAGUUUGUCUGAAGGACGUUUCGCUGCAUCUUUGCCAACUGGCACUGCAAGUUUUCAGAUAUUGAGACAUUGGAUCAAGGGCAUAAAUGUAAUGCUGCUGUUUGUUUGUGUGAAGGCAGGACAAGAGGGUUGUAACGCUGUCUUUAAAAAUGAGUUGUAUCAGCUUUGACAGGUCUAAGCAUGAAGUGAUCGUGCACAUCAACGAUUUCAAGAUGUUGGUAUAACUGUAAAAUGUUGCUGUUAUUGGUGUUGCUUUAUUUUUGUAAAAAGAAACAUGAGUAAGAAGAAAGGAUUCUAAAAUGUUGGCAUCAUGUGUAAACCAGCAAACACAAACCUGGUUGAGAUUUACAGCUUCUACAUGAACCGUGUAAUGAACUCUGCUAACUAAAGCUUGCAGUGCCACCAGGACAUUUUAGGUCAACAUCAAAACAACUAGUUCUUUGGAGUACAAAUUGCUGAUUUGGAUCCUCAUUUAUUUCUGCUAUGUUAGCACUACAAUACCACUCCAUCAAAGAGAAGAGUGGAGCUUGUGGCAGAACCCUUUCAUCUAUUAUUUUAGUCCUCAGGACACCUCAGGAAUAUUCUGGUACCUGAAAACAUUUCAUGAAAACAAGCAGAAUCCAUUUUCAGGAUAUAAAAGAUCCAUGUAACACCCAAACCAGAACGACCAGUGGGCUCCUCUCCAUGUUGGUUAGAUAUACACACUGAAGAUUUAGACAGUUGUUUGCAUGUUUAUGUGAAAGGGGAAUCAUAUUGAUUCAUGAGAAGAACCAUUCUUUUAAAAUAAAGUAAAAUGAUUUGUCAAGAGCUUUGAUUACAUGUCAUUUAGUGGAUGUUUUUAUCCAAAGCCCCUUACAAUUAGUGCGUUAAACAUCUACUGAACCCUAAAUGAGCCAUUUAGGGUUCAGUAUCUUGCCCAAGGACACUUCGGAGGCAGAUGGGAAAGACUGACGAUCGAACCACCAAUCUUCUGGUUGAAGGACAAACGCUCCACCCCUCAGCCGACCAGAUAUGUGAUUUUGUGUGUCAUUGAAAAAACAAACAUUCUGUCUGUUCUGGUUUUGAAAAGCAUUGAAAUUAGUUUCCUUAAAAAAAAGGACGGCUAUAGAAGGUGUACUUUAUUGCAUCAUGUUGGCUCCGUUCCUCCCACUAUUCAGACAUGAAGCUGAAAUAUCCAGAAUACAAAUGUUGCCAUGUUGCACAUUUGGAGUCUGUGCAGUGGAGAUCAGUGGACGGCGCUCCACGUUGCGCUGGACCAAUUGUAUAGCUGUCAAUCAUGUCUCGCCCCAUUAUGUAUAGCAUCAAAUAACUAAUUAAAACCGAACGUACCAGAAACAUGA